AUGCCAGAGGAGGAAGAACGAGAGAAGUUAGCCAAAGUCAUCAGACAGUGGAACAACAACAGACUGGACCUGUUUGAAAUAAGCCAACCAGAUGAGCAGAACCUGGAGUUUCACGGCGUGAUGCGCUUCUACUUUGAGGAUCAUGUUGGAGGAAAUGUGGCCACAAAGUGCCUGCGUAUUUGCAGCAACUCUUCAACUCAUGAGAUUAUUGAAACUCUCUCAGAGAAAUUCAGGCCUGAUAUGAAAAUGCUGACUACAAGUUAUUCCCUGCAUGAGAUCCACGCCAACAAGGAACGCAAAUUGGACCUGGAUGAGAGACCUUUAAUUGUACAAUUAAACUGGAACUCAGACAACAGAGAAGGACGUUUUGUUCUCAAGAAAGACAAGGAGAGUUUUCAGGAAAACUGUCAUGAGAAGGAGAAAGGAGGCAUGAUCCAAAACUUCAAGAGGACACUGUCAAGAAAAGAAAAGAAGGCAGAAAAGAGCAAAACUAAAGCGGCUGACAAGGUUUCAGGAGAUGGGAAUGGGUCAACUGAAAAGCCACUGAACAACAGCAUCUGUGUGUCCAACCAUGAGACAAAACACUGCACUGAAAACAAAAAGCAAAAGAGGCAAGAUGCCUCGGGAAGUCAUCCUGACUUUUCGGAUCAGCCUGGAUUACCAUUUGGGAUUAAAUUCUGUAACAACUCUGAGGAAGCCUUCCUGUCUGCAGUCAUAAAUUACACCAACAGCUCCACAGUUCAUUACAAGCUCUCACCUGCUUACAUCCUCUAUGCUGUGGGACGCUUUGCUCUGCAGCGCCAUUACAAGCAAGGCUCUCAGCCCUCAGGACAAACGCACAGUGCAACCUCCAUCACUAACAAAAUGGUGGCCAUGACAGGGAAGGUCAUCCAGAGGCAGCAGACCAGUGCCGGGGCUCUUGCCUUCUGGAUGGCCAACUCCUCUGAGCUGCUAAAUUUCUUCAAGCAUGACAAAGAUCUCUGUCCAGUCACACAGCAAAGUCAGCUGGAUCUCUCCCACCUGGUGCACAAAGCUUACAGCUGCCUGCUACAGUGUCUACAGAAAGAGUUAACAAAGCACCUGCCAACUUUUUUGAUUGAUCCUGAGCAACAUGGUGCCCUGCCAGCUGGUAUAGAGAUGGUGUUGAACACCUUAAUGAACACCAUGUCUCUGUUACGCCGCUGUUGGGUCAACCCUGCCCUCACCAUCCAGCUCUUCUCCCAGCUCUUCCAUUUCAUCAGUGCCUGGCUCUUCAACCAGCUCAUGAGCCCAGAGGCCAACACUGCAGGCCUGCGCUCCCACUACUGGGGAGCAGCUCUCCGUCAGAGGCUUACUGCUAUCGAAGCCUGGGCGGAGAGGCAGGGCUUGGAGCUGGCUGCUGACUGCCACCUCGGACACAUUAUCCAGGCAACCACACUCCUGACCAUGAAUAAGUACUCAAUGCAAGACGCGAAGGACAUCCAGAAAACCUGUUUCAAGUUGAACUCAUGGCAGCUGCAGAUGCUGUUAACCGGCUACCUCUAUGCAGACAAUGAGCCUUGCAUCCCCCCUGAUUUGAUCGAUGCUGUAGUGACGGCUACACAGGCCUCAGCAGAUAACUUGAUUCGGAGCGAAGGACGGGACAUCCAGCUGGAGGAGAGCCUUGACCUCCAUCUGCCCUUCCUGCUGCCAGAGGGAGGAUACUCCUGUGACACUGUGAGAGGAAUCCCUCCUGGGUUUAUGGAGUUUUUGGAGCCGAUUUGCCGGAAAGGUCUCUGCUCUUUAAUAUCCCACCCGAACUCCAAAGGGGACUGGACCAUGUAUUUCAGUGACCCUACACCUCCUGUAGAGAGUACACACUUGGCAGGACACAGAGAGCCAGAGACUGUGACUAUCACACUGAAUAAACCUCUCAACAGUGGGAUGGGGGUCAGCAUCGUGGCUGCCAAGGGAGCACGGCAGGGUAACCUUGGGAUUUAUAUCAAAUCUAUUGUCAAGGGAGGACCCGCUGAAAUGAAUGGCAGAUUAACAGCUGGGGACCAGCUGCUCAGUGUGGAUGGCAAAAGCCUCGUUGGCCUCAGCCAAGAAAGGGCAGCAGCUAUUAUGGUGCAAACCGGCCCUGUUGUGACCUUACAGGUUGCAAAAUUUGGAGCGAGCUACCACGGCCUGGGGGCUCUGCUGAGUGAACCAGCUGCAGAAAAAACUACAGGCAAUAAAAGCAAUGCUAAGCCAAACGGCGAAGCGCUCAUUUUGUACAGUGUGGUGGAUCCUGGUCCCUCAGAACAGCUCCAUGGAAGCAGCAAAAGGAAGAAAGAUCAGAUAAUACAGAGAAACAGGCAGCUUUAUCGCUCCAACCCCAACGUGACCACAGACUUUUGCCUAGAGGAUGGAGAUGAACCUGUUGACCCCGUUGGGAGAGGGAGCAACAUUGCUGCUGUUUCCAGUAUCAACCUUUGCUCUGAUACAUUUCACAGGGAAUACUUGACACUUCCAACUCCUAAAUCACAGGACAUGAACAUACCUGAAUCCAGUCGACCACAGCAAACAUUUAAAGCCUCUCUGACACCUUUAAAUGGACAAAGCUCCAGUAAGAAGACUUUCAUGCGUCAAGCACUCUCACAGGAGAACUUGUGUAUGGACAGUGGAGGCCCCCUGCUGGACAAAAGGCAGAACACGUGGGAGCAUCAGGACUGGAGUGCAAAACAAACCAUGAGCCACUACUCGUCUUUCCCCAUUCGCUCCAGUGUUUCUACUCAUGACAUCCUCUCUGAUAACAGUUCUCCCAAAAAACUACAGCAGGGCACUUACACAAGUGGCGCUGGUGUCUGGAGAGCCCCUUUUUCACAGCAUCCAACGCCUACGCCCUCUGUUCAGCCCGUGCGUAUAGACAUCCCCGUGACCAGAGCAGUGAACACGCAGUCAAACCCUCCGCUCAUCACAUUCCAGAGUUCAACUUUGCUCUCAGUGAAGAUGAGCCAAACUCUUAAAGGAAAUGGACAUAAACAGAGUUCUCAGAACCAAGCUAACCAUAUUUAUGCAUGCCCCAUUUCCGCGACCAAGAAGCUACCUCAGCCCUCACUUUCAUCACAGCAGCAAAGACCCAGCAUAUUCAGGAGUCAAGCAGUAAAACCCCAAGUAAGCAUCACUCCAACAAAACAUGUUUCCUUCCAAGAACCUCCCACUCAAUGGAAGCAGGUCACAGGUCCUAAGAGGCAAAAAGACCCCCAGGAGCUGGCUGACCCGUGGAGGAGGGAGGCCCAGGAGAAGCUGGAGAAGCAGCAGAGGCUUCAGGUGGUGGACCUCCUGGAGCAGGAGGUGCAGGAGCUUCAGGCUAAAGCGAAGCGCACUGCGGUGGAGAACGACCGACUCCGCAAACUCAGCCUGGAGUGGCAGUUUCAGAAGAGGCUGCAGGAAAUUCAGCAAAGGGGAGAGGAUGAGGAGGAGGAUGAGGAUUUGGACAUGAUGGUGACGAUACAGCAGCUGGAGACGAGAGCACAGAACAAGAGAAGCUCCGGAGGAAACAUCAACAGUGAAUUGAAAGAGUUGGAAAAACAGACAGAAAACUAUCUUUCUCAAAAGGAAGACAAGGCAAAGACAGGUCAAAGACCAAUUGGACUGAAUGAAGAUGUUCAUAACUUGGCAUCAAAAGAAAACCAGGAAAAGAAAAUCAAGAGAACGACGGCUCCUGAAAAGCUCACAUUCAAGGAGCGUCAGCGUCUCUUUUCCGUGGAGUCCAGUGCAUAAGUGAAGGUUAAAGCCAUGUAAACACAAGGAGAACAUGUCUAUAUAAAGCAAAGUAAUAAUGUGCUAGCAAAAAUGACAGUAUACAGUACCAUUUAA